CUAAAAUGCUGCUGAUCACUGCUGAUGUUUUGGAGGUUAGUUAAUACCAUACUCUGACUACCUCUGACCUUAUAAAAGUAAAUUAAGGUGUAAACUGCGUGUAUUCUUUAAACAUAAAUUAAAUAGGUAAUGGGAAGAAAAGCUCAAUUCGCUGAAGUGAGUAAGCAAAAACCUGGUCAUGGCAAGAAAACUAAGAAACAGAAGGAUCCUGUUUUCCCAAAGUUGUUGGUGAAUGGUCAAGAUAAUAAGAAAUUAUCGAGACGACAGAAACAGAGACUUGCAAAAGCCAUUAAAAAAGGCAGGAGAAGUUUAUCUAAUGUUGAAGACAUUGUUAACACAAAUGCAGUAAAUGAAAGCAGUUCAAAUGACAACUUAACUGUAUUAAAAAAUAGAAAAAAGAGAAAAUCAGGAGAUAUAAACGAUACAUUGGAUGAAAAUAGUUCUUGGUUGAAACUAAAAAAGAAAUCAAGUUUAAAUAAAAAAGUAAAAUCUAGUGUAGAUAGUUCAACGUUUGAUGAAUGGAAUGUAAGUACAAUUGACACUAUUGAAGACACUAUAAAUUCAACAGAAGAAAAUGGAAUUGAUGAUUCAAAUGAUGAAGAAACGUUUAAGAUUUCAAAUUUGAAUGAAAUUGAUGGAGAAGAUGACAGUGAUGAUGAUGGUAGUGAUAAUGAAAAAGAUGAAUUUAGUUCAGAUGUUUCUGAAGAAAAUAUUGACGAACAGAAUGAUGAUGAGGAUUUGUUGCCUAUAGAGAAAGAAAAUAGAGUAUUAAAAAAACAGAAGAAACAAGAACAAAAAGAUGCUCAAGCUGAAUUGCAAUUAAAUAUUGAUCAACAAGAAGUAUUUCAAUUUCCCAGUGAAGAAAGUGUUGCCACACUUCAAGAUGUUCAACAGAGAAUGAGAGAAGUAGUUGUUGUUCUAUCAAAUUUCAAUAAAUUAAGAGAUGGGAUACAUUCAAGAAAAGAUUAUAUUGAUUUACUUAAGAAGGACAUUUGCACGUAUUAUAGUUACAAUGAUUUUUUAAUGGAUAAGUUCAUGCAGUUAUUUCCACUAUCUGAGUUACUAGAAUUUUUAGAAGCCAGUGAAGUUCAAAGGCCUCUUACUAUCAGGACAAACACUUUGAAAACUAGAAGAAGGGACUUGGCGCAGGCAUUGAUUAAUAGGGGUGUCAAUUUGGAUCCUGUGGGAAAAUGGAGUAAAGUAGGUCUUGUUGUGUACUCUUCUCAAAUACCUUUAGGUGCCACUCCUGAAUACCUAGCAGGACAUUAUAUAAUUCAAGGAGCUUCUAGCCUUCUACCUGUAAUGGCAUUAGCUCCUCAAGAAAAUGAAAGGAUUUUAGAUAUGUGUGCUGCUCCUGGUGGCAAAGCUUCACAUAUUUCAGCAAUUAUAAAAAAUACAGGCAUCCUCUUUGCAAAUGACGCAAAUAAAGAUCGUGUUAAAGCUGUUGUUGGCAAUUUUCAUAGAUUAGGAAUUGUUAACUCAGUUAUUUGCAACUAUGAUGGAAGAAAGUUUCCAGAAGUUUUAAAAGGAUUUGACAGGGUUUUGCUAGAUGCUCCUUGUACUGGAACAGGAGUCAUAGCUAAAGAUCCUAGUGUGAAAACAAGCAAAGAUGAACAAGAUAUUCAAAGAUGUUUCAAUCUUCAAAGGCAACUGCUUCUUGCAGCGAUCGAUUGCGCUAAUGCCAAAUCAACAACAGGCAGUUACAUAGUUUACUCUACAUGUUCUGUACUUCCAGAAGAAAACGAGUGGGUGAUUGAUUUUGCCCUAAAAAAACGAAACGUUAAAUUGGUUGAUACUGGACUUGAUUUUGGUACUGAAGGUUUUGUUCAUUACAGACAGCAUAGGUUUCAUCCUUCAUUAAAAUUGACAAGAAGAUUUUAUCCUCAUACACAUAAUAUGGAUGGGUUUUUUGUUGCAAAACUUAAAAAGUUUUCUAAUGUAAUCCCUAAAACUAGCACAGAAGAGGAAAAUGAUGCAGAAGACACUAUUAAUAAUGAAAGGACACAGGAUUCACCAACUAAUGAAAUAAAUAAUAAAGAGCCCAUUAAGAAGCAAAUGAAAGAAAUUAGCAUAACUAAAAAGCAGGAUAAUAUAAAGUUAAAUUUGUUUAAAAAUGGGAGCAAAACAGAAACGACGUCGUUGGCACUAAACGAUAAAGAUAAUAAAUUAAAAAAUAAAACUUUAAAUAAAUCAGUAAUAAACAGUCCUUCAAAUAAAGGACACUCGUUAAAAAAAAUUAAUACUAAUAAAAGUAAAUCUUUUUCUAAAGACGUAGAGCAAAAGGCAAUUCAAAAAUUAAAGAAGAAUAUUGCAACAAAAAAGAAAAAAAUUGGGACUUUGAAGAAGAAAUAAUAAGCCUA